AGGCACCCGGCUAGGAUUUGUGGGGGGAUCCCCGGAGCCGCAGGCGCGCCAGGGGCAGUUCUAUGAGCCGACCAGACCACAAGGGCUGAGGCUGAGACGCAGGAGACUGGGAAGACGUUCUACAUCACCCGCCGGACGCUCUUCGCACACACCACACGGCCCUGGCCCCCCUCUCCUUUACUCCAAAGGUUCCACCCUCGGCCUUCCAUAGCCCCGCCCUCAAGCCCCGCGGACAGUCUCGAAUCAAGACUUCUUUAAGCUCCAUCCCUCAUUCCCAAAGGGAUUGAAGAGCUACUCGGGGCCAGCCCUGCAUUGGAGACAGGAAACCAGGCACCUGGAUGAGCCUCUGACCUGAGCCCCAGAGCCCACAGGCUAGCCUGAGAGCCAGACAUCCAGCUUCACAGGCAGGCACCUGCGCAGAGGAGCCCCGAGGAUGGCGCACCUGCUGGGCAGCCAGUCCUGCAUGGACAGUCUGCGCAAGGACCUUACUGACCUGCAGGGCGCCAUCGUGGAUGUGUUCUCUCGAGCUGGGCCUGUGUGCUUUCCCUCCUGGAAGUUCCCUGACCGCGUGGCCUGCGACCUGGACAUGGUGGCCCUGCUAGAGCACUAUGACCAUGUGCCGGGUGACCCCGAGUUCACGCAGCUGUCCCAUGCUGUUCUGCUGGAGCUGGUCAUCGACAGGCUCCUGCUGCUGCUUCAGAGCUGCACGAGCUUCUUGGAGGACCUUGGCUCAGAGCAAACAGUGCCCCCUACCCGGGCUGUAGGGCCCUGUAUGUCUGUGGGGCUCACGGUGCGGCGCUUCUGGAACAGCCUGCUGAGGCUGGGUGUGAUCUACCAGCAGGCAGCUCCCCAGAAGAGGGUAAACCAAGGGGAGAACCUCACCUCCAAGCCCACAGCCAAGGGCGAGCCAGCCAGGAGCCCUGAAUUUGUGACUGCCAAGUUCAUCAAGCCCCCCUCCCCGACGCCAGGCUUGCCCCAGACCUGCCAAGAGCUGGACAGCCUCCCCGUCAGAGUCUCCCCGCGGUGUCCAGCCAGGACUGCCAAGAACAGGAGGAGCGUUCACUCCCAGACGGUGGAGACGGCCCUGGUGCCCUGUGAUGCAUGCACCAGCGUCCAGGGCAGCCUGCGGGAGGUGGGCAAGGCACUCAUCAGCCUGUGUCAGAGCCAGAACUUGCCCUCGUCCUUAGGCCAGUUCCAGCAGCUGGUGCAGGACAGCAUGGGCCUCAGGCCGCUGCCAGCUGCCACCCUGGGCCACUGGGCAGCAGAGCUGAGCAAAGACCUGACCCGCCUCAGUAAGCACAUGGGGGCCCUCACUCAGCUUGUUGGGCCCCUCAGGGCCCAGCUGGAGGAGGCCGAGGGGCAGAAGGACGGACUGAAGCAGCAGGUGGGCCAGCUGGAGCAAGCACUGCAGCAGGAGCAGGGGGAGCGGCGGCGACAGGCGGACGAGGCCGCACGGCAGCUGGUGGAGUGGGGGCGCAAGAGGCAGCAGCUUCUCACAGAAACAAGUGACCUCAAGACGAAGGUGGCCACCCUGGAGGGGGAGCUGAAGCAGCAACAGGAAUCCAUGCAGGCCAUAGAGACAAAGGCCCGGCAGCUUCAAGAGGAGGCCGAGCGCAGGGCAGAGGCCGAGAGGCAGGUGCAGCAGCUGGAGGAGCAGGUGCAGCUGCUAGCAGGGCGGCUGGAUGGGGCCAGCCAGCAGAUCCGCUGGGCCAGCACAGAGCUGGACAAGGAGAAGGCCCGUGUUGACAGCAUGGUCCGCCACCAGGAGUCCCUGCAGUCCAAACAGCGAGCCCUGCUGCAGCAGCUGGACAGCCUGGACCAGGAGCGUGAGGAGCUGCGGGGCAGCCUGGACGAGGCCGAGGCCCAGCGGGCCCAGGUGGAGGAGCGGCUGCAGAGUGUACAGAGUGAGAGGGAGCAGGGGCAGAACCAGCUCCUGGCCCAGCAGGAGCUGCUGCAGAGCCUGCAACGGGAGAAGCAAGGCCUGGAGCAGGCCACGACGGAUCUGCGGCUGACCAUAUUGGAGCUGGAACGAGAGCUCGUGGAGCUGCGGGAGCGGGAGCGGCUGCUGGUGGCCUUUCCAGACCUGCACAGACCCAUCGAGGCCCAGAUCCCAAGCUCCGGCAAUGUUACAGACGACAUGGAGAGGCAGGUACAGGCCAACGACAUCCGCAUCCGGGUCCUGCAGGAGGAGAAUGGGCGGCUCCAGUCUAUGCUGUCCAAAAUCCGGGAGGUAGCCCAGCAGGGGAGCCUCAAGCUGAUCCCCCAGGACCAGCUCUGGGUCCCUCCCAGCAAGGGAAUCCAGGUAACAGUGUCCCCAGCCCAGGGCCAGAAUGCAUCCCCAGGGCCCCUGGGCAGGUGGCAGCUGCCUGGCCGCAGGACAGCCAGCACGGGCAGGACCCUACCAUGCCAGCACCGGGCAUCCCCACCUCAGCCAUCCUGCAGUCGGCCCAGCGGGUCCUCCCUGGAGGACAUGACCCACUCAACCAACUGUGCUCAGAACCCCAUCCGGGCCUUGGCCAGGCUGAGGAGGAGACUGUCACCAGGCCAGGGCCAGGCCAGCCCUGCAUACCAGCCCCAGGAGCGGCCCUCGUAGCCUGCCGUGCAGUGGGGCUGGAGGGCAGGUAGCUGGCAACCUUCAAUGUAAUAAAGCACCAGCCAUGUGCCCACA